AUGGAUAUAUCGUUUUCUGAAAGUAUGGUUAAGCUCAACAAAGGGGUACACUGCGAGUUAAGAAAUGAGUACGCAUUCACUGGAAUUGAUGCAAAGAUGCAUAGUCCCACCUUUAAGAUAAAGUUGGCAGCGUACUAUGUGGAAAAGAAAGAGCGAGUCAUUCGAAUUCAACUUGCACCGAUGAAAGAGUGUUCUCGUGAGCUAGAGUUCGAGAAAGCUUUAACGCCAAACGACCCUUCCAGAGAAGCGUAUGGUAUGCUUCAAGCCCCUGAACAAAAGCUGCUGUUUAGGUCUAUCAUGUUUUCAACUAUUUAA